AUGGUUGCUAUCAAGCAGGCCGUCCUGCUUGCGGGCCUGGCGCAGUUGAUAAGCGCCGCCCAGGAUGUCAUUACGGACGAUUCUCACUUUUAUGGCCAGUCGCCGCCAGUUUAUCCAUCGCCUGAAAUGGUUGGCGGCAACGAGUGGGAAGCCGCAUUUCAAAAGGCGAAACUUCUAGUCGGCCAGAUGACUCUGGAAGAAAAGGUUAAUUUGACGGCAGGCGUCACAAAGGAUUCCACAUGUUCUGGUAAUAUUCCUGCCAUCGAGCGUCUACACUUUCCAGGAAUGUGCCUCAGCGAUGCUGGUAAUGGCCUUCGUAACACAGAUUUUGUCAGUGGCUUUCCCAGUGGAAUUCACGUUGGUGCCAGCUGGAGCAAGGACUUGGCUUUCCGGCGUGGCACUGCCAUGGGUGGUGAGUUCAAGACAAAGGGCGUCAACGUCCUGCUUGGCCCCGUCGUUGGCCCUGCUUGGCGUAUCGUACGCGGAGGCAGAAACUGGGAAGGCUUCUCUGUCGACCCGUGGCUGUCUGGGGCUUUGGUUUCUCAGACUGUUUCUGGCAUACAGGGGCAGGGUGUUAUCACCAGUACCAAGCAUUAUAUCGGCAACGAACAAGAAACCAACCGGAAUCCAGAAGGAAAUAUCUCCGCAGUAUCUUCCAACAUUGAUGAUAAAACAAUUCAUGAAGUAUACUUAUGGCCUUUCCAGGAUGCUGUAAGAGCAGGUAGCGGGAACAUCAUGUGUUCUUAUCAACGGGUCAAUAACUCCUAUGGAUGCUCCAAUAGCAAGACUUUAAAUGGUCUUCUCAAGACCGAACUUGGCUUUCAGGGGUUUGUUGUUUCUGACUGGGGUGCUCAGCACGCAGGGGUUGCUACUGCAGAAGCUGGCCUCGAUGUAGCCAUGCCUUCAAAUGGUGGCUUCUGGGGCGAUCAUCUCAUUGAAGCCGUGAAGAAUGGUUCAUUGGCCGAGUCUCGAGUGACUGAUAUGGCAAUGAGAGUCAUCGCUUCUUGGUAUCAAUUUAAUCAAGACCAGGACUUCCCAAAGCCUGGAAUUGGCAUGCCUUCCAGUGUCCUGGACCCUCAUGAGAUUGUGGAUGGACGAGAUCCAGCUGCCGCUCCAGUACUCCUUAAUGGUGCUAUUGAAGGCCACGUUCUCGUCAAGAACACCAAGAACACCUUGCCUUUGAAGUCACCUCGCAUGCUGUCCCUCUUUGGUUACUCAGCCAAGACUCCAGACGACUUUAACCCGUCCUCUAGUGUGCUACUCAGUCAAAAUUGGAUCACAGGCCAGGAACCGCUUAAUUCUAACUAUAUUUCAGUGAAUGGACUCUCGGUAUUCGGUGAAAAUGGUACUAUGUUCGGCGGCGGUGGUUCUGGCGCUAUCACGCCGGCACUCGCCGUCUCUCCAUUCGAAGCCUUGAAGAUGAGGGCCUACCAAGAUGGCACGGCCAUAUUCAACGACUUCAUCUCCGAUAGGCCAUCUAUUGAGCCUAGUUCUGAUGCCUGUAUCGUUUUUGGUAAUGCAUGGGCCAGUGAAGGGUCCGAUCGUCCCGCUAUUCGAGAUGACUAUUCGGAUUCAUUAAUCAAAUCGGUGGCGGAUCAGUGUAACAAGACAGUUGUCAUCUUCCACAAUGCAGGACCUCGACUAGUCGACGGCUUUAUUGAUCAUCCAAAUGUUACAGCAGUCAUAUUCGCCCAUCUACCAGGCCAAGAGAGCGGCCCUGCGCUCGUUUCACUCCUCUUUGGAGACACAAGCCCCUCAGGUAAACUUCCAUACACGGUUGCGAAAAAUGAAUCCGACUAUGGCAAAGUGCUUGAUCCGGCACAGCCGGAGGGCGAAUUCGUGAAUUUCCCUCAGGCCGAUUUUAACGAAGGAAUAUAUCUCGACUAUCGCUAUUUUGACAAAAAGGGCAUUGAGCCUCGAUACGAGUUCGGUUUUGGACUUAGCUACACGACCUUUGCAUAUUCCGACAUAUCGAUCAACUACAUCGAGGGGGCAAAUACAUAUCCCUGGCCGGGAGGUCCCAUAGUAAGCGGCGGGCAAACCGAUCUCUGGGAUGCAAUCGCCACCGUCAGCGCAAAUGUCAAAAACACAGGCAACUUUGCCGGCGCAGAAGUAGCGCAGCUUUACAUUGGAAUUCCAGGAGCCCCAGAGAAGCAACUUCGUGGGUUUGAAAAGCCCUUCUUACAGCCUAACCAGUCGGAAACAGUAACUUUCCAUCUCACGAGAAGGGAUUUGAGCGUUUGGAGCGUUGAGAGGCAGAAAUGGCAACUACAGCAGGGCGCGUACAAGUUCUACGUUGGGAGCAGCAGUAGACGGUUACCCUUGAACGGGACAAUGAAUUUGUGA